AUGAUGGACAAGGCAAUUGCUCCUCAUACGAGGGAGCGCUCCUAUCAUCAUACCAACAUUUUUGUUCCUUCACCGCAAAGCAAGCAAUACUUCACAUUAACGUUUUUUGAUUUUUUUUUGUCUGGAGUCGCUAACAUGCGUGAUAUUUUAGGUUCGAUGGCCGAUGUGCCCAAGGACCUCAUGGAGGAGGUGAAGAAGCUGGAGCAGCAGUUCACUGUUCCCACCGAAAAGCUCAAGGCGAUCAGCAAGCACUUCAUCUCCGAGCUUGAGAAAGGUUUAAGCGUCGAAGGGGGUAGUAUCCCUAUGAACCCCACUUGGGUCAUGUCUUUUCCUGAUGGCUACGAGACUGGAACCUUUCUCGCCCUUGACAUGGGGGGCACCAACCUCCGCGUCUGUGAGAUCACCCUGACGGACCAGAAAUCCGAGUUCGACAUCAUCCAGUCUAAGUACCGCAUGCCUGAGGAGCUCAAGACCGGCGAAUCUGAUGAGCUGUGGGAGUACAUUGCCGACUGCUUGUCUCAGUUCAUCGAGACGCAUCACCCCGACCAUCCCAAGUCUGAGAAGAUCCCUCUUGGAUUCACUUUCUCCUAUCCUGCUACCCAGAACUAUAUCGACGAGGGUAUUCUCCAGCGUUGGACCAAGGGUUUCGACAUCGCUGGUGUCGAGGGUCACAAUGUUGUACCGUUCCUUGAGGCUGCUCUGGCGCGCAGAAAUGUGCCUAUCAAGUUGUCUGCUUUGAUCAACGACACGACGGGAACCUUGAUUGCCUCGGCAUACACUGAUACUAAGAUGAAAAUCGGCUGCAUUUUCGGCACCGGCUGCAAUGCCGCUUACAUGGAGGACUGCGGCUCGAUUCCUAAGCUUGCUCACAUGAACCUGCCCCCUGAUACGCCCAUGGCUAUCAACUGCGAGUGGGGUGCCUUCGACAACGAGCACAAGGUUUUGCCUCGUACUCCCUACGAUAUCAUUAUUGACAAGGACUCCCCUCGCCCUGGUCAGCAGGCUUUCGAGAAGAUGAUUGCUGGUCUCUACCUGGGUGAGAUCUUCCGUUUGGUUUUGGUUGACUUGCACGACAACAAGGCUGUCCACAUCUUCGAGAACCAAGACAUUGCCAAGCUUCGCAAGGCGUACACCUUGGACUCUUCGUUCCUGUCCGCUAUUGAGGAUGACCCGUUCGAGAACUUGCAGGAGACCAGCGAUCUGUUCGUUACCAAGCUGAAUAUCAAGCCUAACCGCUCCGAGCUGGAACUGGUUCGUCGCCUGGCUGAGCUCAUCGGCACUCGUGCUGCCCGUCUCUCUGCCUGUGGUGUUGCAGCCAUCUGCAUGAAGAAGGGUUACGAGAGCUGCCAUGUUGGCGCCGACGGCUCGGUGUUUAACAAGUACCCCCACUUCAAGGCCCGUGGUGCCCAGGCUCUCCGCGAGAUCCUUGACUGGCCUGCCAAGACAAACACCAAGGACGAGGACCCCAUCGAAAUCCUCGCUGCGGAGGACGGCAGUGGUGUCGGUGCAGCCCUAAUAGCAGCCCUGACUCUUAAGAGAGUUCAACAAGGCAAUAUGGCCGGCAUUCUCCACCCGGAGAACUUCAAAUAG